AUGGUGACGCCGACUCACAAGACGCCCCACUGGCGGGAUGGAGUGCUGGUCGCAAGACUCAUCCUUUUUAUUCUGGCGCCCUUGUUGAUUCUAGUUUCCUUGGCUCCAUCUCGGUCGACGAAAACCGGAAAGCCUCAGGUUCUAAGACAAGAGGCUGACGAUGACGUUUACUCAGCUACUCCCAUGUGCAGCGCGUGGGGUGUUUGUGGCGAGACCCCGCACGUGCCGUCUCCAAGGACCAUCUACAGCGCCAAGUCUCGCGCCCAGUAUGAGCUAUGGUGGGAGGCCCAUGCGAAACUGAAUGCAUCGGCUGCCGAAUACGUGGCACAUCGGCGGGAUUCGAACAAAUCCUCCCUGAAGCCUCCGCUCGUUCUAUUGGGCGAUUCCAUUACUGAAGAGUGGCUGGGGACCAAUAUGGGCCUGCCCGACAAGCGCUGGCGGAAGAUUCCCAACAUCUUGCGUGAGGUGUUUCUCCCUGCAUACGAUUCUCUGGUCUUGGCGAUCGGAGGUGACCAGACACAGCACUUGCUGUGGAGGAUGCAACACGGAGAGCUGUCGCUCCUUCUGCCCGAGGUCGCUCAGGAUGAUUCGGCCGUCUUUGUCGUGCUGAUAGGCACCAAUAACUUGGGAAGUGGGCAUCUCCCUUUUGAGACACACUUGGGAGUCAUGGCCGUCGCGGAAUAUGUUUUGCAACACACGGCCGGUCGCCUCCUGCUACUGCAGGUCUUGCCGCGAGGCGACAUCUUUCGCCUGCGUCCCCUGUGCCCUCCCCGCUGCAGCUCGCGCUCGGGGGCCCCGUUUCGCUCCUUCAUGCCGGCGGUCGCGAAGUUGAAUCAAGGGAUUCGCGAUGCCGCGCCCGACCUGUCCAAGAAAUACAGCCAGCGACUCAGCUUGCUGGACUGCGGCCCCAGCUUCGUUCCCGCGCACGCGGGGGAGUGCUCCUCCGGCAGGGGCAACUCUUGCGAGGUGGAGGAGUCGCUCAUGCCGGAUUUUUUGCAUCCCAAUGAGCUUGGGCAACGCCUCUUGGCAAGAUGCAUCAUGGAAUUCCUUGGAGGACGAAAAUGA